AUGGAUCCUUUUACCCAGCGAAUUCUUGAAAAGGCAGAACAACGUAGUAGACUUUUAGGUAUAAGUAAGGCAAGUAAACAUCCCCUUGUCGAGAGUGCCGGAGAGUUUAACACUGCCAAAUCCGUCGAAGUCGGUGAUGUGGAAAAUAGAACUCAACAAAAACAAACAUUCCAAACACAGCAGAUAACUGUUCAGCCUGUUGUAGCGGCAUCUUUGCAAGCUACAUCACAUAAAGGAACCAGCGCAAAAAGUGAAAGUGGUUUAAAUUGCAAUAAGUUGGAAGUUAUUGAAAAGGCUGUUAAUAAUACAGCGAGUUUGUCAAAUACGGAGCAAAAAGUUCACCGUCAGUUUUCGGCGGUGAAUAAAGAAAAUAUAGAUUUGGGAAUUGAAAUCAAUAUAGUGACAAAUAAAAACAUGGAGGUUGAAGUCCAAGUAGAAGAGCAAAAUAUUGUCAAUAAUGAUGUCAGCCACAUUAAAACAGCAUUGGAACAAACGACAUCUAAAAUACGAGAUACUUCACGAAGUCGUUUACAGCGCCUUGGUGCACUUUAUGCCAACCCCAAUGACCUUUCAUCGCCAAUACACCGAACUGAGGGGGAUUUCCAUUCUGAUUCUCCUGUUGAUGAAUGUGACGGGAAAAGUACUAAACGUUCCAAACAACGUUUAGGAAAAUUAGUCGAACUUGCGAGUUCUAUCAAUCAGUGGGAAGAUGACACUUCUCAUCACGACCCGCAUCCACUAAGUUUACAACCGCCACCUAAGCCAGAUUUACCAAGUAGAAAAAUUUCAAAUGUACCGGUAGCUAAUUUACAAGGUACGUCAUUAUCAAACAAUACAUAUAAAGAGGGAUAUGAACACACAUCAGAGAAGUUGUCAUCGAAGGAAAAAAAACCAGGGAAUACCACACAACCGCCUUGUAAUACAAAACAAUUGACAUGGGAUCCCCUGUUGUUUAAUUCACUUGAAGCCCAGGGAUUUCAAAGACGUAAAUCAUCUGUUGUGAAACUUGCUUAUGACUACACAAAAGAUGAAAAAAGUGAGUCGAUAGAAAAACAAGGGGAUGAUGAUGUAAAAAAUGCUGCACAUCAGCCUAAAGUGGCUAAGUUGGCCAGCACGUUUUCGAAAAUUUUGGAGGAUAAAUGUAAUAUGGUUGACCAUAAGGAACGUAAAUUCACAAAUGUUAAUAUUGGUUUAGUUUCUGGACGAACGGCUGCCUUUGAAAAAAAAGUUAGCGCUUGUCAAGAAGCACAAAGGCCACAAAAAGAUCCGACAGAAUUGUCGCUCAAGGAACGUAUGCAAUUAUUUGAACGGAAUAAAGGGGAAGCCCUUAUUCCCAAAGCUGCUCUCGGAAUGGCUCCGUCUAUAAGCAAAAUUCAGAAUGAGAACAUUGUGCAACAUAGAGGAGAUGGUGCCAAAGCAACUAAUGCCGACAUUUUGUUUACUAAUGGAAAUUUAAAUUUGAAAACAUUGAAACCCAGCAACGAAAGUAAAUUGCGUGAAAAAGUAGCUGCGCUUGUUUCAAACACAUCUACCAUGGCAGAGAGCAAAAUAAAAUCUGAUAUACAGAAGCAACGUAAAAAUGAUAUGCAAGUUAUUGCAAAUCGUUUUCACAAACAAAAAUAUAUAAAUGAAAGCAAAGAGAAUAUAUUGGAGGCAUCUGGAACUAAAGAAAAAUUGCUUAAUUUUCACAAUACGAAAAAUACCACCAUCGCACAUCCCCCGUCACCACCACCACCACCUCCGAUGCCCAUAGAAAGUUUGACUAUGAAAAACAAACGGCAUUCUCCUAGCGAAGUUAAUGACGAGGAAAGCAAACGCGCACGCAAAACUGCUGUAAGUCGUCUGUAUCCGGCACUAUCAGAUUUGGAAUCGAGAAACUUGGCAUCGGAAUCGAAUAGAGACAGUGGUGCCACUACUGCAAUUAUGUCUGACCACAGUACCGCAGAUGAACAUGGUCAGAUGCUAACUAAAAAACAUGGAACUAGCGACUUAGAUAGUAUGAAUGGAGAUGGAAGUGACAUGUAUUCAGAGGAGGCAGAUGAUAGCAGCAUAGAUAUCUGCAACAUUAGUUUGGGGCGUGAGAUAAUGCAUGCUGUACAAAAGAAUGACGAUCACCAAAAAAAACAUCAGCAAGACAAACAAAUGGAGCAGAUAUCUUGUGGUGAUAACGAAUAUUUUGGCUGUGAAGAUAGCUCAUUGAAUUCUUCUGAAACUUCAUUGGGUAUUAACGAUUACUUAGAUGAAGCUUUGGAAGAAGAUGGCAUUGAUGACAACACACAGGGAAGCUGUGAUUAUGCGAAUGAAUCUGAAAGUAUAAUUCAUCUGUCAAAAGAAAAUAAAGGGACAACUGCUUCCAAUAGCUUUUCUUUUCAUAAAUCAUCAAAAAAAGACGAAAAUUAUAAAAUUGCAACAGAAGAAAAUAAGAUAUCACCAAUUCCAAAUUCAGCAACCUCUUUGUACGUGACACAACCGGUAAAAUCUGAAAUGAGUAUCAAUCGCGAAAACGAGAACAAUAUCGUCACCUUGGUACAUACAGUCAGUUUUUACAGACGCCAACAGAGCGAUAAUAGCGCUAAUUCUACUCCAAUUCGAAAGGUGAGUAAAGAAAGGAAGAUCUUACGCUCCGAUAUCAGUAACGCUACCUCUGCAGCACUGAAAAUUGAGCAUAAAAAUAAUAUAAAAGAAGUCAAAAACGAUGAAACGUACCUUGUUGAGAAAGUUGAGACACAAGUCAAUAGUUCACAAGACGAAAAAGAUACAGAUGAUACUCACUUGGUGGAAGAAAAAAUCAAAAAACUACUGGACGAAGUAUGUAAACAGCAGACGGUGAUUGCACAAACCAGUCAAGCAUUGAACUUAUGUGCUGCUACUAUUGAAUUUUCGGGAUCAACUGAGUCGGUUGAGGGCGAGCGGCAUUUACUUGUAGCAACUCAUCGCCGUCAGGCCUGUUUAGAUGAAAUACAACGUUUACGAGUAGAGAAGUGCUUGCGCCCAACAGGUUCAUUACGAGAUAAAGGACGCCUUACAGUUAAGGAAAUAACUAUACCAUUACGACAAGACUACAUACGCAAACUAGCUGCGGACACCAUUUCCGGCCAUCAUUUGGUUUGUUUACUAAAGUACAAUGAAUAUGUUUUGGCCACAAAGACAGUACCCACUCUUCCUGGCCUUCUAGCCGUUAAAUUCCCUGAUGUUUUAAUAAUGAAUAACGUUUAUGCAGAUUUUAGGAUUACCCUAGAAAUUUACGGUAUGACUGCCCAGCGAGAAGUUUUGCCACACGAAGUAAAAUAUCAUAUUAAUUUGAAUAAAAAAUGUGGCAUAAAAACCCCUAAAAAGAAGGGCAGUGAAAAUCGCUUAGUUAUGCCUCCAGUACAAAGCCCUGCGGGGCCAAACGUCGUGCGCACGCCGGCAUUGGUGCAAUAUGGUUUUGCCAUAUUUUCUUUACGUGAGAUACAGCGGACCUCAUGGACCCUAACACAAGUUCUUGGUGUAAGUCCAUUGGAAGGAGUUGUGCAUAUGAAAGCUAAUUGUGAAUUAUCUGUUUUGGUGGAACAUCGCGGUUUUCUAACGAUGUUUGAAGACAUUUCUGGUUUCGGGGCUUGGCAUCGACGCUGGUGUUAUUUAAAUGGAAGUGUACUUAAUUAUUGGAAGUACCCAGAUGAUGAGCGUAAAAAAACGCCUAUCGGCACCAUCGAUUUGUAUGCUUGUCAUACACAGAAAGUAACCGUAGCGCCUCGUGACAUAUGUGCCCGUCUUAACACAAUGUUGCUCGAAUUCGAGCGACCCGCAAAAGAAACAGACGUAGAAUCACUCAUUAUUGUUCCAAAUGGCCGCAACACAAUUGUGAGAUACCUGCUUUCAGCUGAUACGAAAGAAGAGCGAGAACUUUGGUGUGCUUACUUCAAUAAAGUCUUACUGUUGCUGCGCGCUUGGGGACCGCCGCAGUGA